AUGGCAUAUUUAUAUUCUAACUUAUCAGACUUUUGGACUAGUGAUGAGGAUAUAGAAGAUGAAGAUGAGGAAAAUGAAGAUGAGAAAGAUGAAGAGGAAGAGAGUGAAGAAGAGGAAGAGAAUAUAGAAGAAAAAAAAAAGAACAAAAUAAAUGAAGAAAAGAAUGAAUUUUAUAAUUAUGACAUAAAAGAAUAUAAUAAUGAAAAUAUUUUUGAAAAAAGAGAAAACUUGAAAGAGAAUGAUUUGUACACGAAUGGUACAUUUAACGUUGUAAAUGAAGGAUUAAAUUUUAAUAUAAAUGAUUUAAUGAAUGAUAGUGUAAAUGAUUUAUCUGAUAAAUUUUCUAUUAGUAAUAUUUUACAAAAUUAUGAUGUCAACGAUUUUAUUUUCAAUGAUUCUUUAUUAAACUAUUGUGAAACAGGUGUAGCAAUAAAUGAUGAAGCACCGUGUAAUGAAAAACUAAGUUUAAAUGAAAAUUUUAAUUUUAAGCAUUCUAAUUCAUUCGAUUAUGUAAAUCCACCAAAUUUCAAGUCAAAAAUAACUAAUGAAAUAAAAAGUUUAGACAUAAACGAAUCCAACAAUAAUAAUAUAAAUGAAGAAACAAUGAAAAAUAAAUUAAAUGAAAUAAAUUUAUACAAUGAAAAUUUUACAAAAUCAGAUAAUUAUAAUUUAGACUCAAAGGACAUAUGCCAAUUAAAUGAUGAAAAAAAUUUAAAAUCAUCUAAGGAAGAUAAUUUUAAUGAUAAGGAAAAUUUUCAACUAGUGGAUGAUAUCAAUAUAAAAAUAAAUGAAGAAAAAACGAAGGUAAAGUACAUUAGAAAAAAAUGGGUAAUAGAAGACAAUCAUUCGGAUGUCUCCAACUUUUCUAAAAAUGAUAUGUUAUUAAAUUAUGAUUUUGAAUUAGAUGAUUUUCAAAAAAGGUCAAUCAAUCAUUUAAACAAUUUUAAACAUGUAUUUGUGGCUGCUCACACAUCAGCUGGUAAAACUUUGAUAGCUGAACAUGCAAUAGCAUUAUCCAUAAAAUUACAAAAAAAAGCUAUAUACACAAGCCCUAUUAAAGCAUUAAGUAAUCAGAAAUAUAAUGAAUUCAAAAAUAUUUUUAAAAAUGUAGGAAUAAUUACAGGAGAUGUAAAGAUGAAUGUAAAUGCUAAUUGUAUAAUUAUGACUACAGAAAUUUUAAGAAAUUUAUUAUAUUUAAAUGAUAAAAUUAUCAACAAUAUUCACUGUGUUAUUUUUGAUGAGGUACAUUAUGUUAAUGAUGAAGAUAGAGGUGUUAUAUGGGAAGAGUCUAUUAUUAUGUUACCAGAUCAUGUUCAAAUUUUACUAUUAAGUGCAACUGUUCCCAAUUAUUUGGAAUUUGCGGAUUGGGUAGGUUUUACUAAAAAAAAAGAAGUGAUUUCAAUAUCUACAAAAAAAAGACCAGUGCCUUUAUUACACUAUAUAUAUGCGUAUGAUUCAAUUUUUUUAAUAAUGGAUGAAAAAAAUAAAUUUUAUUCAUCUUCAUUUAAAGAAAUAUACAUUAAAAUAAGAGAAAAGGAAGAAGCAAGUAAAAAUCAAAAACAAUUGCAGUACAAAAAAAAAAGCAACUAUGAUCCGAAAAGUAAGCCCGUUCAGAAUAAAAGUGAGACUGAUAAUACGAAAGGGUAUUAUGAAUAUUGCAAACAGAAAAGAAAACAGAAAACAUUUUUUAAUGAAGCAAGUAUGAAAACAGAAAUACAAAAAUUGCAGACUCUAAUUAAAAAAUUAGAACAAGACAAUAAGCUUCCCGUUGUUUUAUUUUGUUUCUCAAGAAUUAAAUGUGAAACUUAUGCGAAAUGUAUGCCACAUUUAAAUUUUCUGAAUAAUAAAGAAAAAUCAAAAGUUCACCUAUUUAUUAAAGAAUCUAUAUCAAAACUGUGCACACGAGACAGAGAAUUAAAUCAAAUAAAAAAUUUAAGUAAAUUAUUGGAAAAAGGAAUAGGAAUACAUCACAGUGGAUUAUUACCAAUUUUAAAAGAAAUAGUAGAAAUUCUUUUUUCAAAAGGUUUAAUAAAAGUAUUAUUUGCAACUGAGACAUUUGCUAUGGGUAUUAACAUGCCAACAAAAUCAGUUGUUUUUACAUCUAUAUAUAAGCAUGAUCAUUUAAAGAAGAGAAUAUUAACGUCAUCAGAGUACACUCAAAUGUCAGGAAGAGCAGGUAGAAGAUCAUCAGAUAAAUAUGGUUAUGUAUAUAUAUUUUGUUGUGAUAAUAUCCCUGAUCAAGUACAACUAACAGAAAUGAUGAUGCAAAAAGCUGUUAGCUUAAAAAGUAAAUUUAAGGUAACAUACAAUAUGAUUUUAAAGCUAUUAAUAAAUAAACAAAUAAACAUAGAAAAAAUGCUAUUUAGUUCAUUUUUAGAAAGUUGUAGAGCUUUACAAAUUCCAUUAUUUAAGAAGGACCUAAAAAGAAAGAAAAGGUUGCUUCAAAAUAUAAAAGAAGUUGAAUGUAUUUACAUGCAAGGAGACAUAAUUCCCCCUAUAGAAAAUUACGUUCAAAUUGAUUAUAAAUUGAAACUUAUUGGUUUAGAUUUACAUAAAAAAUUAUAUAAUAUGAAAAACAGUAACUGUUUUGUAAUUGGAAGAGUAAUGUUAUUAAACAAUAUUAGCAUCCUUCAUAGUUCUGUUUAUGCUAUUUAUAUGGGAUGUGAUAAAAAAAGUAACAAAAAAAAUGAUAAAGUAGAUUUUGCUCAGAACAGCAUAUUUUUUCAAAAUAAUAAAGAAAAAGAUGAAUCAAAUGAGAGGUUUUUUUUUUUAUUUAUUCUACCAGACUUUAUGACUUAUGAAGAUAUGCUAUUACAAAUGGGAGAUUGUGAUAAGGAAAAAGAUAAUAAUAGUUACAACCAUGAGAAUAAAAAUAAUUCAAAUAAUAAUGCAAGUUAUUCAAAUAGUAUUUCAGAAAAUAUAAACUUGUACGAAAAUUACAAAAAUAUUUUUUCUGAAAGAAGAAACAAAAAUGAUAUAAAAAUUAUAUACCAUUCUUCUUUUGAUACGGAUGGUAACAAAAAACAUUUUGUUUUGUGUUCAAAUAUAUGUAUUGAAAAUAUUUCUAUUAUAACUAAUACUGUAAUAAAAUUACCAAAUGUUAAAACAACAUCUCUCUUGAAUAAUCCAAAAAAUUUAUUAUUAUAUACCCUUGAACUCGACAGGUUAAUAGAAAAAGAAAAUUUUGAACCAAUUGUUUUAUCGAAAGUGUUAAAAGCACUUAAAUGCGAAUUUUAUUCUGUAUUGAUUAACCAAACGGAUUAUCUAGAGAGCUUGAAAAAAUCUAAGUGUUACAAUUGCAAUUUAAAAGAAAAACAUUAUGAAUUAGUUUGUAAAAAAAAUGAUUGCUUGAAUGACAUUGAAAAUAUAGAGAAGAAUAUAAAUGCAAAAUCAUUAAAUCUGUAUGAAGAUAUGGAAGGAAAACUUAACGUCUUAAGGCAUUUUUCGUUUAUUGAUGAUCAAAACAAUUUAACAAUAAAGGGGAAAAUAGCUAGCUAUAUUACUUUAACUGAUGAAAUUACAUUAACUCAGGUUAUUUUUGAAAAUCUUUUGAAUAAAUUGAAUCCACCAGAAAUAGCAGCUGUUUUAUCAUGUUUUGUUGCACCAGAAAAGAAAAUUGAAGAAUCACCUGAUUUAACUGUAAAUUUGCAAGAUGUCAAAGCUUCUUUAACAAAUAUUCAUAGCAAAUUUGAAGAAUUUUAUAAGGUAAUUCGCUUAAGAGUAAGUUCAGAAGAUCACUGGAAGUUGUGUAAUUUUAAAAUAAUGUUUAUUGCAUAUAAGUGGGCUCUUGGGGCAUCUUUUGCUGAAUUAUUAGAACAGACAGAAUUAGAAGAGGGUUUAAUAGUCAGAUCUAUUUUACGUUUAGAUGAUCUAUGCAGAAAAGUCAAAAUUGCAUUUUUAUAUCUUGGUAACAUUGAAUUAGCACAAAAAGUUGAAGAAACAUCAAACCUUCUAAGAAGGGAUAUUAUUUUUACUACAUCAUUAUAUUUACAGUAA